AUGGAAGACCACGAAAAGAUCAAGAAACCAGCGAUCGCACAGCUUAACCGUGAGAACUGGCGAAAGUGGUUCAAAGUAUCCGAGCUUUACAUCAAGGAAAAAGGUUGGGGAUAUGCGUUAGAUCAUACUAUGGCGGAGGCUAAGGCAACGGUUCAAGGUUUGGAUACAAGUAUUCAAGACGAUGCGGAAUUCAAGAUGGUGAAGGCUCAAUCAGGAGCUGAGCGCUUUGUAAUACAAAACAUUGGUGAUAUGGAUAACGACUUAAUCGAAGAAAUCCCGGAGUUCAGCGACAAGUGGAAGAAACUCAAGAAUAAGUAUACACGUAUCACACCUCAAGACAUUAGGAACAAAAUGGGUCGACUUACUACAUUUAAAUUGCAACCAGGUACAUCAAUCGAGGAUGGAUGGAUUGAGAUUUAUACACUCAGAAAGCAAGUUGUUGAGGGCGAUGAAAAACAAAAGGAUCUUCUUACAAAGGAUGUGGUGUUAGAAUACUUUAUUGCAGGAUUGCCCGAUCGAUUUGAUGUCACUAUUGAAGCUAUUGAUGCGCAGGUCCUCACCUUCGAGCAGAAAUUCGAUAGAUUACGAGCUGUGGAUGAAAAUGCGACGUUACGCAAGGCUUCCAAAACACGUGAAGUAGAUCAGGAUGGCGAUACCACUAUGGCUAUGGUUGCAUAUCAAGGAAGAGAUCGUGGACGCAACCGUCGCUAUAGCAACGAUAAACAGAGACCUCGCAGUACUAGCUCUAACAGAAGCCUUAAAUGCUACACAUGUGAUACAAAUGGCCACAUUGCGAGAGACUGCCCACUUCGUGGAGAGAUCGCAAAGCUUCUGGCCAAGAAGAAAGGAUUACCCCCACCAACAUCCGGUCGGAAAUCACCAAAUUGGAGAAGCAGUGAUUCUCCAAGCCCUUCACGCGAGACCGCUCCACCAAAAUCAUCAUUUCGCCCAGGACGCGAUCGUGCUUAUGUUGCUGGCACUGAAUCACCUGAGGAAAGUAUCGGAGAUCUCACAAGUGAGUUCGCGCAUAUUUCAUUCCAUGGCACCGCUAGCACAUGGCUUGCCGAUACUGGAGCAUCCGCACACAUGACUGACCAAUUACAACUUCUCUCUAGCCUAAAACCUCUUCGAGAGCCCCGUUCGAUCAAAGUUGGGGGAGGUAGAUUGGUUGCGAAGGAAUAUGGUGUGGCAGAGAUCAAAUGGAAGAACAAGAUAUACAAACUAAACGUUCUAUAUGUUCCGAAGUUAGGCGUUAGUCUGUUAUCGGCAAGGAAAUUUUGCAAGGACCACAGUGCGGUUGGAGCAUUCGAUGAUGGGAGGAUGUAUUUCCAUAAAGACAAGAAGGUUAUACUUUCUGCAGACAACUACCAUGGCAUAUAUAUGAUAUCCGAUACAAAUGAGGAUAUACCGGAUACAGCAUUCCCGGCAACUGAAGAGGAGCUUCCAGCUGACGUCAAUGAUAUUGUGUAUAAUGAAGUGAAACCUGAUCAAGUGGAAGUUCAACGAAAGAACAGAGCAAACCGAUACUGGCUUUGGCAUCGACGCUUCGAUCAUAUGGGCAGUGGCGUGCUAGGCAAGUUACAUUUGGUGACUACCCUUGAGAAAGAAAUUCGAUUGCCUACAGAACUAGAACCUUGUGAAGUAUGUGCAGUAACGAAGAUGAAGAAGCACUAUAGUAGUGUUCUGGGGGAGCAUAAGAAACAGCCAUUAGCCUUAAUCUCACUUGAUAUUACAGGUCCCUUUCCAGCAUCAUUCAAGAGAAAGCGAUACCUUGCGGAAAUCAUCGACAGCUGGACUAGGAAGGUAUGGGUAAUACCCUUAGAGAGAAAGAACGAUAUUAUCGAUGAAUUGGAGAAAUGGAGACUUCGUGUGGAAAAAGAAUCUGGUUACAAUAUAUUGGCUACUCGUACUGAUAAUGCCCCUGAAAUUGAAAAGAUACUACAGCAGUGGCAAGAUACCAUCGGCACCCAGCGUCAAUCGACAUGUACAUACUCCUCGAAUCAGAAUGGAACUGCGGAACGAGCAAUUCUUACCACCCAAAUGAAUGUUCGCGCUAUGCUGAAGGACUCAGCUAUACCGAUGGAAUUCUGGAGUUAUACGGCUCAGGCUGAUGUGUAUAUGAGGAACAGAACAUGUAUUGGUCCGUGGAUUGACGAAUUCGAGGUACGACAAGGGCGAGGAGAGUUUCCAUUGGAUGAGCAACGCAUUAUCAGUAACAAGGCGAUCAAGAAACAGAUUUCUCCAUAUGAAGCAUGGACUGGAACUAUUCCAUCGAUAGACCACCUUAAGAUGUGGGGAUCAAAGUGUUACUCACAUAUCGAUCCAAAGUCGCACCCAAAUGGUGAACGACGCGAUAAACUAGUUGAUAGAGCAAGGAUUGCCGUAUUCGUGGGAUAUGAUGAGUAUACAACGAAGCAAUUGUAUGUGUAUGCACCUGAUAUGCAUGCAGUAAUCAAGACAAGUAAUUGUACUUUCUUCGAGGGAUCACCAGGAGGAAAGAUCGAUUUGAAACUACGAACUCGUGUUUCAGGGGGAGAUUUUAUUGAAGGGCAGGGAACAUCGAAUGAGCUACCAGACAGACGCCCAGUUGGAAGGCCAAAGGGAUCAAACUUAUGGCCUACACCAUUGAAUAUAGCAACGGGCAGUAGCAACCCAGGACCCAAAGGGUAUACCAAAUCAGAAAACCCAUGCUCUGCAACUAUACCACAAGUGAUCAUUCCUCAGAUGGAAAUCCCAUCGAAUGUUACCUCGAUACCUCCGGAACCUGAGGACGAUACUAUAGCAAUGGAUACAUAUGUUGCACCAAUGACAAGGAAAAGAACUAGAGAACAAGAUAAUGAAGCAGAUUUCUCUGAAGCAAAGAGACUUCGGGCUUUUCUAGCUAUGAUCAGCGAGUUGGAACCUGGCGAGGAAUUUUUCACCAAGGAGCAAGCUAACGAUUAUGCUUUUGUAUCAAGUACAAUCAUCUCACAUACAAUGGCAAAGGAUAUUCCCAUUCCUCGGACCUACGAGGAGGCAAUCAACGAUCCGAUAUAUGGGGACGAAUGGAAAGAGGCCAUUGAUGCAGAGAUCCGGGAACUUGAAAAGAAUCAAACUUGGCGUCAAGUUUUCAAUGAUGGCACAAAUAACUUAGUCACAACGAAGUGGGUAUUUACAACUAAGAUCAAACUUGAUGGUACUUUGGAACGCUUUAAGGCACGAUUGGUUGCACGGGGAUUCACUCAGAAAUUCGGAAUCGACUAUUUCGAUACUUUCGCCCCCACUAUACAAUCAGCAACCGUUCGCUCAUUCCUAUCAUUAGUAGCUUCUCAGGACCUCGAAGCCUACUAUUUUGAUAUAAAGAAUGCAUUCACCGAAUCUAAGCUAAGGGAAAAGAUAUUCUUAGCCCCGCCAAAGGGGGUUCAUAUGAAACCACAACAUAUCCUGGAAGUGUUGCGGAGCCUAUAUGGAUUGAAACAAGCGGCCCGAGAUUGGAAUGAUCUUAUCAAGUCUCGGCUCCUCGUAUGGGGAUUUGUACAAAGCCUUGCCGAUCCAUGUUUAUUCACACACCCCGGCAAAGGUAUGAUAGUAUUACUUUAUGUGGAUGAUUUACCUGUUGCAGCGCGAAAUACAGAGGAUAUUCUUUGGUUUGAUACUCAGAUUAAGAGCGACUUCAAAGCCAAGAACCUGGGGGAGAUAGAGAAUUCUAAGCUUCUAGGUAUGAGGAUCGUUCGGGACAGAAAGAAUCGCACUCUGUAUAUCGACCAAUCACAAUACAUUGACAAGGUCUUAAACAAAUAUGGAUUUAAGAAAGAAUCAUCCAGAUUAAUCAGUACACCAAUCGAAGGAUAUGAAGCAUUGAGACCAGCCAAGGAAGGUGACAGACGAGCCGACCCAGCCCAAUACUGCUGUAUGAUUGGAGAGUUAAUGUACACUAUGGUGUAUUCAAGACCCGAUAUUGCAUUCAGUUUGGGAAAACUCAAUCAGUAUAUGAAGGAUCCAGCGGAAUUCUAUAUGAAUCAACUUCGUAGAGUCAUGCGAUAUCUGAGAACUACAAUCAAUUAUAGAUUACGUUUCGGACCAGGGGGAGUGCGAAACCUUGUGGUGUAUUCAGACGCGGAUUACGCAAGUAGUAUUGUGGAUAGGAAAAGCACCUCUGGAGUAGUAGCGCUUUUGGGAGGAGGGCCAGUAUUCUGGAUGAGUCGAAAACAAAAGGCAGUUUCAACAUCUACGACCGAAUCAGAAUACGUUGCACAAUCCAUCGCUGCGAAACAAGGCCAAUGGUUAGCACAAGUACUUCGUGAUAUGGGAUAUAGGCAUUACAUUUCAGAAAACGGGACUAAAGUCGAUAUGAAGGGUGAUAACCAAGGGGCUAUUGCUCUAGUCAAGAAUGCACAAUUAACAGAUCGAUCUAAGCAUAUCGAUGUUGCUUACCAUCAUGUACGGGACUUAGCUGAAAAGGGAAUGCUCGAGGUUAGCUAUAUUCCCACUGACAAAAUGGUGGCGGACGGUUUGACGAAGCCAUUGGGAAAGGAUGCAUUCAGGAAGUUUGUUGAAAUGCUAGGGAUGGGGGAUCACUGA